CUGCCUCCUCUCUCUUAUCCGUUUCUCUGUUCGCCGACAGCCGCCAAAUCCCACCGGUUCAAAGCUUUGUCAUCGCCGGAAUCGCCUCCGUUCUUCUCUCAGGAGCGCAAGUCAUUUGAUGAAAAGUUUAUUCGAAUGGACACAAAAAGGCUCUGUGAGUUGACAUCAGCUGCUGACAGCCUUCAGUUGAAGCCUUUAGUUGAUCUCACUAGUCGUGCACUGGCACGAAUUAUUGAAGGGAAAACGCCUGAGGAGAUACGUGAGAUAUUUCAUUUGCCUGAUGAUCUUACUGAGGAAGAGAAGUUAGAGCCUUUGAAAAACACAACUGAUGACCCUCGAAUUCGUCUUUUGAACCGUUUAUAUGCAAAAAAGAGAAAGGAACUAAAGGAGAGGGAAAAACAAAAGAACAUUGAGGUGGAGGAAGAACGUGUGGAUGACCGUUCAGUUGAUGAUCUGUUGUCUUUUAUUAAUGGAGGAGAUGGAGAUUCUAAAGGAAUCAAAACUUCAAAGAGUAAGAAGAAAAACAGAAGAAAAAAGGAGCAGCAGAAGAACAGUUUUUCAAAUGAAAGCACUAAAAAUCAUAAGGAGCCAAAGGGUAUCAGUUCUCAAAGCCAUAAUACUGAGCUUGGUAAGAAACUUCAGCCCUCUCAUGGUGAUACCUCAAAUUUACAAGAUGUUGAAAAUGACAUUUUUUCAAAUAAGAAUGAGUUCGAUGAUGGUGAUAUUGAUGAUGAGAUUGACCCAGCAUUAAAGGAAGAAAUAGAUAGGGAAGUUGAAGAUUUUGCCCGUAGAUUGAAUUCAGACUGGCCUGAGAGGAUGCACGAGAUUCUCUCUUUGGGUCCGGAAAGGAAUCCAGUAAAUUUUGCCAUUAAUGGCAAUGGUUCAGUAAGGAGAUAUGCAAGUAUGUAUGCUGCCCCUAGCUGGUUUUUCUAGAUGCUGUCUUAAGAUCCCUCAAUCCCUCAUUUUCCCCUUUCCCUCAACUUUUCUUUUCCCAAGUGCUUUGACCAUUUCCAACUUAAUAUUGCUCUUGGGCCAAAAAAAAACUUAUUAUUGCUCUUGAUUGAUGAAACUAGAGACAGCAGCAGAGUAGCAGAAUAUGCCAUAGGAAUUGAAUUUUGAGCCAAAUGACUAACAAAUUACUUGUUUGCAUGAGGACCAGAUCCAGAGCAAAAGUGAGUGUGCAAUAAGGAUGCCCACUCAAAUUGGCAUGGGACAUGGACAAUUUUGAUUAUAUGCUUAUUCGUGAGGUUGGAUGAAGGCAACCUAAAAGGGUUGGGAUCCAUCAAUGUGGAUCCCCAUGUAAGUUUUUUUCAUUUUUUCUUUAUAUUUCAUUUUUUAAUUUUUUUUCCUCUCUUGUGCUCAGCCAGGAUGCAAUUUUGAUUUUGAGGGUAAUCCCUUGUAUUUCAUCAAAGAAAAGAAAUAAGAAAGGAACCGAGUUUCAUUGAUCCGGUUGCUCAUCUCAUCAUUCCUUGGCUUGUUUGAGCACAUCCAUUGCCGUCGAUUUCCUGUUGCGAAAUUGAUUUUAAAUGUUUGACAUUCAUCCAAAUUACAUGGAGCAAUUCGCCCUCAAAAAUCAAAAUGUCUGUCAUCUUGUUUGUUACCACUAUUUUGGGACUAGAACCAACUUUUAGCCCUCAUCUUACAAAAUUGGUAGGUUUUAGCUCUUAACUUUAUAAUAUAACACUUUUAGCCUUUUAUCUUACCGAGUUGGUAAGUUUUAACUCCUCAUCUUACAAAUUUAAUAGGUUUUAGCCUCUCACCUUAUACUAUGACACUUCUAGUCCCUUAUCUGUUUGAAUUGAAAAAAAUAACCCUCACUUAACAUC